AUGGAGAUUAAAAACACAAAAUUACCAAACGAGCCUGCAUUCGUCCAUCUUCUCAAAGUCGCUCGGGAAGUUAAAGAUGUCAUCUUCCAUGAUCCAACUCAUGGGGUCGAGUCGGACUUCGAUCAGCUUCUUACCGACAUAGUGCGAACCCGAAACUUGCUGCUAGAAUCUAUUCCAAGCUUGAUGUUUGAUCAGAGACACAUUCUUCGGGGCCAAAACCCAUAUAUCUUUCUUUUGACAGAUAUGAAGUACGACUACACCGUCGGCGCCCUUGCUAUCCUCUCCAUCGGGGGUGCAUUCAUACCAUUGCCAAACAAUGUUAUGCCGGAGGAGGUAUUAGAGCACAUCCGUCGCAGCAAAUCCAAAGUCAUCCUUGCCAGCGACACUUGCAUGUCACUUGUAGAAAACAUUCAGAGACAUGGAUGCCUUCAUGACUUGCAGGUGAUUUCGUCUCCGAUUUGCGUCAAGAUUUCCCCCAUAUUGGACGGAGGUGUAACCUCUAUUGGGAUUGAUGAAAAAGCAAUAGUCCCCCUGGAGCGCCCAAGCAUGGUACUAUUCACAUCGGGCACCAGCGGGCCACCAAAAGGUGUUGUGCAUACUCGAAAGCUGUUCAAUGGCUUCCCUUCUCUCAUUGGUCCUGGGGAUGUCGUUCUACAUCAUCAGCACCCAAGUUGGGUUGCCGGUGCAUUACCCUUAAUCAGACAUCCCUUAUCAGGGGCACGACUAGAAGUUAUAUCUUCUGAUCCGGCAGUAAUAUGGAAACGCCUUCACCAAGGGGGAGUAACCAUUCUGACAGGUAACCCACGUAUUUGGAAUGGUCUAAUGAGAUACUUCAAACGUCACCUCUGCUCUUUACCAUCCAAAGAAUUGAAUCAGUAUAUCGCCGCAGCUCAAAAAAUCCGACUAGCACAAAGUGGUGGGAUGGUACCCUCUUCUUCGUUGAUGAAGUUUUGGCGAGAGGAAAUCGAUCUAGCUCUAAGGAACUCCUAUGGAGCGACAGAGCUCGGAGGACGAGGGCUGUGUACGUCGCCUGACACGGACGUAGAACUUCAGUUCUGCAUCGGGCGGCCUCGCCGAACUGUAGAAGUUAAGCUCUCGGAUGGAGAUCAUGGAGAGAUCCUGAUUAAAAACCCGGUUAUGUUCUCUCAUUACCUGGGUGAUGAGUCUGCAACUGAAGCUGCGUUCACCGAAGACAGAUUCUUUCGAACGGGGGACAUCGCUCGUAAAGUCGGGGAAGAUUAUGUUCUCGAGGGACGGGGGGAAAGAGACAUUUCUCUGCUGGAGGUAGAGCAGCAGCUGCUCAAUCUUCCCUUUAUCCAAGAAGGGUGCAUCGUAUCUGUGAUGGAUUCCCACAAUGUUUCCCGAGUGGCCGCUCUCGUGCGCUUCGAAAAGCCCAACAAAUGCCGUGAAAUUGAAUUCCAUCGCCCGGAUGAGCCAUCGCUGGACUUCAUCAGAGACCAGCUGGCGACCAAUCUCCCAGUUUAUAUGUUGCCGACUGCUUUGCGAAUCUUACGUGAGGGAGAGUACAUACCACAAACUGCAAGUCACAAAGUCAUCAAAGCUCAGGCUGUACAGCAAUACUUCCAGCUCUCGGAUGAUUCUGAGCUUUUUAGUAGCGUUGAACUGUGUGAUAUCGACGCAUGCAAACCUACAGUAAGAUCCCGGGCUUGGGAUGCAGCCGGCAAGUAG